AUGAGUGAGAUUGGUUUGUCUGAAAGCGAUUUGCCACUUGCAAGAAGCAACCAUAGUGACAAUAAUAUUGGUCAGCCAAGAGUACAUGACGCAAAUGAAAAUAAGAAAAGUAUACAAGUUUCAACUACUUUGAGCCUUUUGGAAGCAGAGGUCAAUACCACUUCUUCUCCAAAAAGUGUUCCAUUUUAUUUCUCUGAUUUACAAUCACCCGAGAUUUCUCUAAACAAUGUUAACCAUGCCGAGUCCUUACAUGCAGAAACAACUCAUGCUCAUGAAACUAUUAGUGCCUCCUCAACUUCGUACCCCUUGAAUGUCUACCAAGAGCAAAGUUAUAACUUUUCGACAUCUACAAGCUCAACAAGACACUACUCUAUAUCAGCCAUGGCAACAUACCCCACAGGAGAACAGAAUGGCAGCGACAGUUGUAAUGCUAAUAAUGUUAAUGGUAAUGGAAAUAGUAAUGGUAAUGGUAGCGGUAGCGGCAACAAUGAGUAUGGCUGUAAUUGUGCGGCUAGAGACACGUUACAAACAGCAAACUCUUCUUUUUCAGAAGAGAAAAUACCCCCUAAUUUACCCCAACGAUUCAGAGUAGAGGAUCGUUUCACUGAUUAUCUGAGCAAAACAGCAGUUGCCAAAUGGUCUUCCGAUGAGCUAAACUUUUUGGACCCUCUAUUGAUCAACGAAGGAUACGAUAAUUCUGGGCUCAAAAAUAGUGGGUUUAGUCCUCAGCCCUAUUUUCAAUUUUCUGAAUCAAAUUCUACUCCAAAAUUUCAGAAAACACGCGAUACAAGAAGCAGCACCAAUAACAAUAGCGUCAGCGGUGAAGAACGUUGGCUUCGAGCUUUGCAUAACAACAAUUUACGCCAACCUUGUAAUCAGUUGGAGACUUUUUCUUUAAAUUCAGAAAGUGAAUACUAUGUGAAUGUUAUCUCAAAUCUACUGAGUGAGUACCGCCGUUUCAAAUCUCCAACGGCAUCAACAGAACACGGAGGUCUCUUACCUGCGCUUUCCUACCCUGACGAUGUCGACGCACAAACAUCAUACGAUAGAGAGUUUAUUGAAACUGCAGAAGUUACCUUCAACACUGCCAUAAAUACUACUACCAAUACUGCCAACAAUACAUUUUCCAAUUCAGUUGCGUCAAAAAGUGGGAAAGAGCUCAGAAGACGCGCUUUGCGUACUAAUCUCUGGCGCUAUGAAAACUCGCCAGGUACUCCUUCCCCAUUGAAAUACAACAUGGACUUAUUGGUGAUUCCUUCGUCACCAAUAUUUCAUUACAAAGAGGCUAACAAUAAAAAAAACUGGAAGAUUUACAACCCUAAUAAUACACCUGCAGAUGUUACUCCUAAUAGAUCACCGGCUGAUUUACAUGGUAAACAAGAAAAUACAAUAGUGGGUGAGAAUAUUGGCAAUUCUUUUGAAAAUGAAAAAUAUGAAACUACAACGAAAACGAAAAAGAAAAGAAAAGAUCACUUUUCAGAUGCUUCUGCUGAAGAAGAGGCUAUGAGUUACAGACCAGUCCGCAAAUAUGUGCGUAAAGAGUUUGCCCAGCGUCCUUUUGUUUACCCGGUCACUUUCAAAUUCAAAUUGCGCAAAAAUGCAUUCAAAUCCAUUAUAAAAUUGAUAAAGAAAACUCCAACAGCUCAUAGAGCAGGUACCGCGUCGACUUACUCCUUUACAGCAAGUCAAUCUUUGACUAGAGACGUCACAUCUCUUUAUGAAAUAUACGAUAAUAAUGCAAAAGAAAAUAUUCCUGCCCCUUUUACAAAAGAGUUUAUGGAUUUGCAAUAUCACAAGUUUAUUCCAUUAGCACAGUUAAUACGACUUCCAAAUUUUCAAUUACCAAAAGGCCAAGAAUCCAACUACCAGCCUGAUCUGUUUACACAACGAUCCCAUUUUCCAAAGAAGCCCACUAGCGGUAGCUUGGGAGCUUUCAGAAUGAACCCUUCAAAGGAUGUUGGUGAACAACAAUACGAUCGAUACUAUUCCAGAUUGAACAUUUACGAGCUUUCCCAAAUUUUGGAAUUGCACAUGUACCACAUUGAUUUGACCAAGGAGAUCGAAUAUCGAGUUUUGGAGAUUUUUGGUAACUAUUGUGAUUUCAAAUUGGGUCAUCAAACUUGGAUUAGAGAUACGACAAAGGUGAAAAGACGUGCACUAAUUGAGCAACUAUAUAGUUAUUCGUCAAUAUUCUAUCCAGAGAUUGAUGAGUUUAAAUUGGAGGUGAUAAUCAGAAGAGGAAGUUAUAGUUUGAUGCAGUCGAGACUAAGAAGAGAGAGGCGGAUAAAACAAACUCGGCUGUAA